GGCCUUUCCUGACCAGGAAGCGCGUCGCUGCCCGGGUGCGGGCCUGGGGACCUGCAGCUGCUUGCAGCCGGCGGCGCGCCACCUGUUUCCGCUCCGGGACUUCCCCCAGCGGCUCGAAGUGUGCAGUCCGCAUCGUGGCCCGGCCCGGCUGGGCCCCAACGACGGAGCGCAGCCUCCCACCCCGCAGCCUGCCAGCCUGGGGAGGCGUGGGUGACAGCCUUGCGCGCGCGCUCUGGCACGGCCCUGCAAAUCAGGACGGCGAUGGCCGCCGAGCAGUGAAACCUUUCAGAAACCUCAACCAUCUGGAACUCAGAAACUCAUUUGGGGCUGACUGCGGCUUCUAGAACAUCCAGGUGUUCUGCAGAUGCGAGAAUUUAUCCUGCAGUCACCAGAUCGAGUCCCAGACAGAUGCAAUGCCUGUGAUGUGGCCUGGACAGCCCUAAAUACAGAGGGGUCACUUGCGGAGUGGCCAGAAAGUGGUCAUUGAUACUGACGCCUGACUGUUAAACCCAGCUGGUCAUCUUGUUAAGCCACAGUGGGGAAACAGCUCCUAAGCAGGGGGAGGCCAAGUUAGGGUUGCCAGUUUCUUGACUCUUGAAUUAGAUUUCCAAAUGGAGGCCUCAUGUCUGUAGUCUUCACACACCUGUAGCCAUCAUCACCGUCAUCACCAGUGUGUUCUUGCAACCUUCUCUCCAGCUCCCCCCUGGACUUCCUGCACUGAAAGCGAACAGAGACAGGCCGAGAGAAGCCUCUAGUGGUGGCCCACCAUUCCUCCAGACAGUCUUCCCCUUCCAACCAUGGGCUGGCUUUUUCUGAAGGUUUUGUUGGUGGGAGUGAGUUUCUCCGGAUUUCUUUAUCCUCUUGUGGAUUUCUCCAUCAGUGAAAAGGCAGCAGGCCAGAGGCCAAAUUUUGUGAUCAUUUUGGCUGAUGACAUGGGGUGGGGUGAUUUAGGAGCAAACUGGGCAGAAACCAAGGACACUGUCCACCUUGAUAAGAUGGCUUCGGAAGGAAUGAGGUUUGUGGACUUCCAUGCGGCCGCAUCCACCUGCUCACCCUCCCGAGCUUCCUUGCUUACCGGCCGGCUGGGCCUUCGCAAUGGAGUCACACGCAACUUCGCGGUUACCUCUCUGGGAGGCCUCCCGCUCAACGAAACCACCUUGGCAGAGGUGCUGCAGCAGGCCGGCUAUGUCACCGGCAUGAUAGGCAAAUGGCAUCUUGGGCACCAUGGAUCUUAUCACCCCAACUUUCGUGGUUUUGAUUACUACUUUGGGAUCCCAUAUAGCCAUGACAUGGGCUGUACUGACACCCCGGGCUACAACCACCCUCCCUGCCCAGCGUGUCCACCAGGGGGUGGCCCACUGAGGAAACAUGAGAGGGCCUGUUACAUGGAUGUGGCCCUUCCCCUCUAUGAGAACCUCCACAUUGUGGAGCAGCCCGUGAACCUGAGCAGCCUUGCACAGAAGUAUGCCGAGAAAGCCGCCCAGUUCAUCCAACAGGCGAGUGCCAGUAGAAGACCCUUCCUACUCUACAUAGCCCUGGCCCACAUGCACGUGCCCAUAUCUGCGACCCAGCCGUUGGCAAACCCACAAGGCCAAAGGCCAUAUCAAGCAGGUCUCCGGGAGAUGGACAGUCUGGUGGGUGAGAUCAAGGACACAGUUGACCGCACAGCGAAAGAACACACAUUCUUCUGGUUUACAGGAGACAAUGGCCCAUGGGCUCAGAAGUGUGAGCUGGCAGGCAGCAUGGGUCCUUUCACUGGAUCGUGGCAGACCCGUCAAGGCGGAAGUCCAGCCAAGCAGACCACGUGGGAAGGAGGGCACCGGGUCCCAGCACUGGCAUAUUGGCCAGGCCAUGUCCCAGCCAAUGUCACCAGCACCGCUUUGUUAAGUAUCCUGGACAUUUUCCCCACUGUGGUGGCCCUGGCUGGAGCCAGCUUGCCCCAAGACCGGCACUUCGAUGGACUGGAUGUCUCCAGUGUGCUGUUGGACAGGUCUCAGAAGGGACAUAGGCCCUGUCUUCCUCAGGUGCUGUUCCACCCCAACAGUGGGGCGGCUGGGGAGUACGGAGCCCUGCAGGCCGUCCGCCUGGAGCAGUACAAGGCGUACUUCAUCACCGGGGGAGCUGAAGCCUGCGAUGGGAGCAUUGGGCCGGAGCAGCGGCACAUUCUGCCCCUCAUCUUCGACCUGGAAGAGGAUGCCGCAGAAGGUGUGCCGCUCCACAGGAGCAGUGCUGAGUACCAGGCCGUGCUGCCCCAGGUCAGGAAGGCUCUCAUGGAGGUCCUGCAGGACGUUGCCAGUGACAACGUUUCCAGAGCGGAUUAUACUCAGGACCCUUUGGCCACUCCCUGCUGCGGUCCCUACCACAUUGCCUGCCGCUGCCACACUGAGUAACAGGCCGGUGCUGCCACAAGGAGUAAUGCUUGUGAAUCAGGUUGAAUCUCCCUGAUUCAAACUUCUAGAACCGAACUUCCGGGAGAACAUGGCGGACAGAUAACAGCAACUACCGGAGGCUCUCUGAAAGACUCGGCUCAGAAGCCAGGAAUGGUGCGGACUAAGGAGACAUAAGCAGGUGGAGAUAUGCUCUGCUGACUCAGGAACGAACUGGGCUGAGAGAAACCAACUUGGAAUGCAGUCCUGGCGCUAAAACAGGAACAGAAAAGCCUCGGUGUGGAGUCUGGACCCCGCGCCAUUGUAAGCUGUGAUUUGGGUUUCCCGCCGCGUGGCGGCUGGCUGCCUCUACAGUGGCUCGACAAGGAGAGAGACACGCAGAAGCUCUGAGAACGGCAAUCUGCGAACGGCAGGGAGGCGUGCACUGACUUGUGGUGAGGUGAGUGAGAGAAACUGACACUCUACCACAGUUUGACUCCAGCAGAGGACUUUCUGGGCCCGAGCAGUCCUGCGGGAGCAGGGCACGGUGGCGACUCCAGCCAUACAUCCCCCUCUCGGGCGGGAUUGGUGAAAAGUGCCUGGCCUGCGUGACGCUGCUGGCGGACCUGGUAGGCUGUCCCAACCCAGAUCCCAGAGCCUGACGGUGGCCGGGAGGGGAGACGCGUAGGCUGCCUGGUCCGUAACUCCCUGGUGCCCAGCGGUGAGCGGGAACACCUAACUGGCGCAAUUCGAUCAGGCUGUGGCUGACUGGGAGAGAAGCUGGGCCUCUUAUAUAAGCUUGCAUAUAUAAGGAACAGAGAAGAAGAGGCAGCAUGGGAAGAGGCAGCAACAAGAAAGGCUCCUCGGCUCCCAAUUCUGAGAAUCAGGCAAUAGCAGACACCGCACCAAUACACAUAAGGCGCCAUAUAGAGAGCCUCAUAGACCAAUUCAGGAAUGAAUUUAUCAACGACCUGAAGCUAGAAGUAUGCAGAAUAGUUAGAGAAAUGCUAAGUACCACCCAAGAAAAAACAGGUGGUGGAAUAGAAGAACAGAAAAAAAGGGGAGAACUGUUUGAUGGAGAAAACAGAGAAAGCAUAGAAUACGUGAAGCAGGUUCAAAGGGACUACCAAGAUACUAAGAAGUCUAUCGAAGACUGGCAUAACAGCUUGAAAGAAACUAAGGACAGACUAUCUGAACUGGAGGGCAGACUUGUAAUAUGGGAGAAUGAAAUGAAAAACUUCUUAAAAAUAACAAAGAAACAAACAGCAAUAAUACAAAGACAAGAAGAUGAUAAGAGGAUCCAUAACUUAAGGAUUAAGAACAUAAAAGAAGAAGUAGGGACACAAACAAGUGAACUACAAAAGCUACUCACAGAAAUAAUCCAGGAGAAUUUUCCUAAUUUAGCAAAAGGUAAAGAUACUCAGAUGUAUGAGGCAUACAGGACCCCAGCUACCUACAACCCAAACAGAGCAACACCCAGGCAUAUAAUAAUAAAAAUUCCAGAAAUUCAAUACAAGAACAGAAUAUUAAAAGCUGUCAGAGACAAGAAACAGACCACUUACAAGGGAACACCCAUCAGAAUUACAGCAGAUUUCUCUGCACAAACCAUCAAAUCACGAAGAGCGUGGGGGGAAAUAAUUCAAGCUUUGAAAGAUAAUAAUCUCCAGCCAAGAUUGAGAUAUCCUGCACGACUGUCCCUGGAAAUUGAUGGAAAAACAAGGUGCUUCCAGGAUAAAGAGGAACUGGGGGAAUUUGCAACCACCAAUUCAACUCUACAGAGAGUAUUGCAGGAUAUUCUAAAAAAAGAAAAAUACAAAGAAUCCAGAAAUAAUGGCAGAGAGGCCACAACGAAUGGAGCAGGGAACAAAAUGAAGAAGACAAACUGACAGCUACUGAAAAAGAGCUCAACAGAAAUGAGGCAGAGAAGAUUGGAUGAUAGGAACAGCUAUUUUGAAGAAAAUGACAUCUUAAUAGGUAAUACUGAUUUAGUAUCAUCUUGUUUUGAAGUCUCAUCUAGCUUUUGUCCUUCUGUCUCCAACAGUCUAAAUAGGCUGUAUCUUAUUGGAUUUUAUUAUGUACGAUAGUAUAAGCAAAAACCUUUUAAAGACAAGGAGAUUAUACAGAAACCAUUGUUCAUUUUCUGUUAGUUGAUUCUAAAUACUCUGUAAUGCUGUCAUUCUCUUGAAUGGUUUUACAUUGCUUUGAUAUACUUAAUGCUACAGUAUCCGAAGUUGUACUCAAGGAUUUCAAAGAAAGAGACAAUAUGGUAACUACUUUUAGGUUAGGAUUAUCUGGUGGUGAAACACUAUUCUGCUUAAAUGGUUAUGUUUUGAUCUGCACUGUUUCGUUGUUAUGCCCUCUUUUAUCUCAAUCUCCACUCCAUUAUUUACUUUUUUAUCUUUAUCCUUUUAAUUAAAGGAAAAAAAUAGCAGGAUAUAUUAUAAUAACCCACUUUGACUUUUCAUUACCUUGAUUUAAAGCCCUGUAUUACUCUCACCAUCUGGUUUUUAACUGAUGUUCCCCUAUUCUGUUUUGCUGGAUAGUAUCAGGUUCAAAAGUUUAGCCAUCAGCUGUAAAGAUAAUGAGAUUCAUUAUGACGCCCAUUCUUGUUGACUUUUAUCUACUUUUGAAGACCUACAAUGUCUCCAAUGUUUUGGUUUUGUCGGUUUUAUUCUUUACUGUUUUGUUCAAUUGUAUUAUAACUAACGAUAUAGGCAAUUCUAUUAGAGAUAGCGGGAGGCAUUAUGGUAACCAUUGUUGAUCACCUUGUAUUAUGUUUUUACAUUAUCUAUUAUGUCCACCCUUUUGACUUGACCGAUUCAGUUCUGUUAUGUCACAUUUGGUUUUACUCUCUUCCAAAAAAGUAAUAAGAACUGUGGGAGCAAUGAAACCCAAAAUGUGUAAUAGUCAUGGUACAAAAGAGAGGAAAAGAAAGUGCUCCAAACUAUAUAACUGCAUGUAUAUUUAAGUGUAUAAGAUAGAAAAUGAUAUCACAGAGUUUUAUUGGAUCAAUGAACAGAACUGUUUGCAGUAUCAUUGAUGGAAUGUCCACUUUACAAGCUUUAAUUUUGUGACUUGAACAAUUAUUUCUAAGAUGACAAUAUGUAAUCCAUUAACUAGUGAUUUCCUACUGUUCAUUUUUUUUUCUGUAAAUCUGCAUAACUUGUACCCUUUCCCUGCUUUUUUUUUCUUUUCUCCUUAAAUAAAAUUAAAAAAAAAAAAAAAAAAAAAAAA